AUGGGUCUCGGUCGCUUUGUUCACUUUACCGGGUCGGCGCUGCUCUUCAUCUCCAUGAUCCUGUGCAUCGUCGUCAGCGUCUCCGCCCCUGUCGUCAAGUAUCUGUCUUUCGUCCACUUUGAGCUGGACGGGAAAGCAGACGUCAAGUUUGGUUCUUUCGGAUAUUGUGUGACGGAUUCCAAUGGAGAUGACCGCUGCUCUUCCACCCACAUCGGAUACGACGCCGCCAAGAUCAUGGAAGGCAUCGACGACUCCAGCUUCUCCAUGGCCCGCGGUGACUCCAUCAAGGCCCUGACCCACGUCUUCGUCCUGCACCCCGUCAGCGCCGCCCUGCUUCUCAUCUCUUUCCUCCUCUCCCUCUUCGCCGGCAGCUUUUGCGGUAGCGUGAUCGCCAUGUUCGUCUCAGCCCUGACUUUCGUCGUCUCCGUCGUCGCCGUCGCCGUCGACUUCGCCGUCUUCGCCCUCGUCCUCAGCGAGGUCCGCAACGGCAACGGCAAGGGACGCUACGGCUCCGUCAUCUGGAUGGCCCUCGCCGCCGCAAUCCUCACCCUCGCCGCCACCCUCAUCCUCGCCGUCACCUGCUGCGUCGGCAAGCGUCGUCGCGCUCAAGCCAAGUGCUACAAGCUCGAGGCCCAGACUCACCCUCACCCUCAGCAGCACUAA